AUGCGACUCCUCAACAUGCAGUCUCGACAGCUUCACACCCGCUACGACGAUGCCAUCCCGCCCUACGCGAUCCUCUCCCACACAUGGGACCAGCAAGAAGCGGAGGUCUCGUUCGAGGACAUGAAACGGCCGCAUCACGUCCACAUGCCGAGGUACGACAAGAUCGAGAAUACCUGCAGACUGGCAGAGAUUGGGGGGCUGGAAUGGUAUGGAUCGACACGUGCUGCCAUCUGCUUUGCCCAUCUUGCCGACGUGCAGCGCAGCGACCCCAUUUCGGAUCUGGACGUGGCUUUUGAACACUGCCGCUGGUUCACCCGAGGCUGGACCCUCCAGAAACUGCUUGCCCCUGGCCAGUUGGUCUUUUACGACCGCACCUGGGAAGCUGUCGGCGACAGAGCCUCACUAGCAGGGCAGAUUCAACGCCGCACCGCCGCGCCGCCAUCCCUGCCGAUCGGCGAGAGAAUGUCCUGGGCGUCAGAUCGGAACACCACACGAAAGGAAGACCUCGCAUACUGCCUUUUUGGAAUCUUCGACGUCCAUAUGCCGCUUCUGUAUGGAGAAGGCGACCAUGCGUUCCGGCGGCUGCAGGAGGAGAUUCUCAAGACCUGGGAGACGACUAGCCGCGGCCUUCCAACGCCUACAAAUAGUGUGAGCUGGGGUCGGCAUAUGCUGAGUCUAGCCGGGUGGCACUUACGAGGGUGA